AUGGGCAAAUCAAACAGCAAGCUCAAGCAGGAGGUGGUGGAGGAACUGACCAGGAAGACCUACUUUACAGAGAAAGAGGUGCAACAGUGGUACAAAGGCUUUAUAAAGGACUGUCCAAGUGGUCAGCUGGAUGCUGUGGGCUUUCAGAACAUCUACAAGCAGUUCUUCCCUUUUGGUGACCCCACCAAGUUUGCUUCUUUUGUCUUCAACGUCUUUGAUGAAAACAAGGAUGGACGCAUAGAGUUCUCUGAGUUCAUCCAGGCCCUGUCGGUGACCUCUCGGGGGACACUGGAUGAGAAGCUCAGAUGGGCUUUCAAAUUGUAUGAUCUUGAUAACGAUGGCUAUAUCACACGAGACGAGAUGUUAAACAUCGUAGAUGCCAUAUAUCUGAUGGUGGGGAACACUGUAGAGUUACCAGAAGAAGAGAAUACACCUGAGAAGAGAGUGGACCGUAUUUUUGCCAUGAUGGACAAGAAUGCUGAUGGCAAGUUGACCCUGCAGGAGUUUCAGGAGGGUUCCAAGGCAGACCCCUCCAUUGUGCAGGCACUGUCACUGUACGAUGGGCUGGUAUAA